UUUGCAGGUCUGCUCUUACAGUUUCAUUGAACAAAGCCUCUGCAAAAUCCCUGGGUUAUGAAAUAUUUCCUCUCUGUCGGGUCCCAGACAAGAGAUGGCAUCUGCAGAGCCAGAAAAGGAAGUCCUUGCCUUAUAGAGAGAGCUCUUGGUGUGACACAAUGGCUGAUAUAAAGUGUCGGGGGAGCUGAGUAGAAGGCAAAGGAACAAAGGAAGAUCAAGAUUCGGUGGCUGUCUCGGGCAAAAGGAAAGUGGAAAGUGCAUUGGGCAUGGAUAAAUUUAAGGCUGCACUUGUUCUGGCUGGGGUAGGGGAUGCUCUCGGUUAUCGCAAUUUCUCCCGUGAAAACAAUGCCUUAGGAGCAAAAAUCCAGCAGGAGCUGAAGGAAAUCGGAGGGCUUGAGAACCUGGUGCUCUCUCCUGACAAGUGGCCAGUAAGUGACAACACGCUCAUGCACAUGGCUACAGCUGAGGCUGUCAUCACAGAUUACUGGUGUUUGGAAGACCUGUACCGGGAGCUGGUGAAGCGCUACGUGGAUGCUGUGGAGAAGCUCUCGGGCAGGCGGCCGGACCCCGCCACCAUCGAGGGCUGCAGGGAGCUAAAGCCAGACAACCACCUCCUGGCCUGGCACACACCCUUCAAUGAAAAGGGUUCUGGAUUUGGAGCCUCCACAAAAGCCAUGUGUUUAGGGAUGCGAUACUGGAAGCCAGAAAGGCUGGAGUCACUCAUCGAAGUGAGCAUUGAGUGUGGGCGAAUGACACACAACCAUCCCACAGGUUUCCUAGGGUCCCUUUGCACAGCUCUCUUUGUGGCAUACGCAAUACAAGGGAAACCCCUUGCUCAGUGGGGCAGAGAGAUGAUGAAGGUUGUGCCUAUGGCUGAAGAAUACUGUAAGAAGACCAUUCGUCACAUGGCAGAAUAUCAAGAGCACUGGUUUUACUUUGAAGCCAAGUGGCAGUUUUAUUUGGAGGAGAGAGAAAUCAAUGAGGAAAAUCAGAAUCAACCUGUCUUUCCAGCCAACUAUGAUGCGGAGGAGAGAGAAAAGACGUACCGGCGCUGGAGCUCCGAAGGCCGGGGGGGACGACGAGGCCAUGAUGCCCCCAUGAUCGCCUACGACGCCCUGAUGGGCUGUGGGGGGGACUGGACUGAGCUCUGCAACCGCUCCAUGUUCCACGGAGGGGAGAGCGCGGCGACGGGCUCCAUCGCGGGCUGCCUGUUCGGCCUGGUCUAUGGCCUGAGCAAGGUGCCCAAGGGCUUGUACCAGGACCUGGAACAAAGGGAGAGGCUCGAGUUCUUGGGCGAGAACCUUUACCGGCUAUCCAUGGAGGAAAAGUAAAGCAGUUUCUGCCAUUUUCUCUUUCUCUAAAGAUUAUAUCAAACCCUGUAGAUAUCUGACUGGCAUUCAUAGUGAGCGAGGUAGCCCUGAGUUAGUCUGAAGAGCUCUAUGUACAUUGCGUGCAAGUGAAGAUAGCUGAGUUAUUAGACUGAUUAGAAUCAUCAGAUUGAUUAGAUAUAUGUGAUAUUUGUGGGUUUUUUACAGAUUUAGGGAUUUCUAAAUAUAAGGAGUGCUGCUUAAACCUCAAAUGGCAAAAAAAGAAAUAAAACAUCUUUUGACUGAUUUCAGUCUAACUUGCUAUAAUACCACUUCUUAAACAGCUGUUUCCAGUAAUUACACAUAUGAAAUUAAUUUUCAGAACUAAUGCUUUCUUGCAAAACUAAUGGUAGUACCCACUCACGGGGAUAUUCUCUGUAUAUUUGACAAUCCUUUCACCACUGUGUCCCUCCUUGUUCUCAAAUCUAAUGUGUCUGUGACACUUGUAAACCUAAUGUCUCAUGGAUUAGCUUUUAAUGAAUCACUGAUCCCUGUAUCAGCACUGUGGUGUAAGGUAUUGUUACAUUAGAAGCUUCCAGAAAAGGAAAAGCCAACACUAAAAAUACCUCCAAGGAACAAG